AAUUUCUUGAGUCUAUUUCACUUGUUCGACGGCCUUAAUACCUGCACGCACGGUAUUGUGUACAUAACUGUGAAAUUUACUGCCAACUCAAUGGGUCCUUCAGCGAAACUGAACCAAAGAUGGCAACGAAAGAAUUGGCAUCUUGCAAACAAUGCCGCAGGAGAAAAGUCAAGUGCGACAGGACUGGCCACUGCUGUGGGGCCUGUUCUCGCUUGCGCUUGAACUGCUCCUUCGGCAACAACAAGUUGACAUCCGUCGACGACCGCGAGCCAGCGUCACAUGUGACGGAGGCCGGUAUCAAAAGACUACGCGCUCGAAAUGCUUGUCAGCAGUGCAGAUCGCAGAAAGCAAGGUGCUCGGGCACUGGUCCUUGCGAGAGGUGCCAAGCACGCGGCGAGAAUUGCGAAUUGAUUACAGAAAAUCCAUUAAGCAGCGGCCAACAGCCAUGCACAAUUAACAAUCAUAAUAGUGCUUCUCUUGAAAUAACGUAUAGUGCGGGUGUUGCGGAUGUCAAUGUCCUUUUGCUUGAUAGAAGUGCCGUAAAGCAAUAUAUCGAAGCCUACUUUGACAAUAUCGACCCAAUAAGUUGUGUUUUUUUGCACAGAGCAAAAGUGCUUUCGGACUGGAGUCGUGGAAAGAUCUACGACGAUUUGACAGUCUUGAUAUGUGCUCUCGGACUUUUACACAACGGUCAUUCGCAGCAGCAUCGCGAUGUGUCUCGGUGUUGGGUAAGGGCAGUUCAGUCAAGAAUAAUGGCUCAUGUUGAAAGACAAACGCUUGACCAACUCCAAAAUAUAGUUCUCUUGGUACAAUAUCACUUCCUGAUAUCUAAUAUUCCAGAGACUUGGAAUUUGAUCUCCCUAGCAGCACGACUGGCGUUCACUUUAAGACUCAACUAUGAGCAUCAUGGAAUUGAACCGGCCAAGCAAGAAAGCCAGAGACGAUUGCUGUGGGCUAUCUAUCAGCUCGACCGCAUGUUGUCAGGCGGCGUGGAGGAUCUUGCUGUAUGUCCCGUGGAGCGAAUGCAUAUCCGUCUUCCGUGCGACGACCACAGUUUUCAUCGCGACAUUCCGUCACGCGCACCGCGCUUGAACGACUAUGAACAUAGCGACGCGUUAAGCGUUGGUAUCCUGGCAUACCAUAUUCGACUGAAUGCAACCAGAGACCGCAUCCUUAGAUAUACCAAGAGGAUACGACGUGAGGGCAGCGCCCCCUCAUUAACAAAACCCACUCUUCAAGUUCUCGAGCAGGAGCUAAAGACGUUCUUAGAGCAUCUGCCAGAUGACUUAAAGUUGACCUCUGACCAAUUGCUCUUAAUGUCACAUACGAAGGAUGCGCAAGCCUACAACAUGCUACAUAUCCAUUGGCUUCAGUGUCAUUGCGAUCUUUACCGCUUUCUCAUUCCAGGAAUUCGUGAGUCUGUGGACAGUCAUGCUUUUAGGAACACGCCAACCGAAUACGUCGACUACUGCCAGAAAGCUUGUUUAGAAAGUGCUCUCCGCUUGUGUGAUCUGUGGACUGCAAUCGCCCAGCUCGAGUUUCAGAAGCCAGUCAACGAUGUAUUUUUUGCCAUUAGUAUCUACCAGGUUACUCAAAUAAUAAAUCACCUCUGUCAACUUCUGCCACAAAAUGGACCGCACUGCCUGCAAAACGUCAAAGCUAGUCUCUAUGGAGCCUUGGAUCUGGCAAAACCCCUCCGCAAGAUGUAUCCCCGCGUCGAGAGUUGCUUGAAAGACAUUGGGCAUUUACUUCAAGUCCUCGGCCAAAAUGCAGGAGAUAUGCAAAAGCCGACAAACCGUGGGCCACAACCAAAUCUACACCAUCUGCCCUCGCUACACAGCUUGAUACCCGAAUAUUCUGAGCAGAACGGGGUUGUCAUAGACCUACCGGCUUUAGGUAUAAGUCCUCGAACAGUCGCUGCCCCGGAACCUUUACAAGCUAUGUCAACUCAACCCCCUCACACGCUUCCAGUGAUUCCUCAGCUUAGCGACCAUAUUGUUCGACCGUACCUGCAAAGUGGAGAAUGCGAUUCUUUGAACUUUGUCGAGCAAACCGAGUUUGAACCUGCAAAUAUCUUUGACAUGCAGUUCAACGGUUACUAUGAUCCGGUACAAAAUGAUCUCAUCUCUGCAUUCGUGGUCUGA